AUGGCACCGACUUUGGAAGAAUAUGGAGAAAUUUUGAGAGUGCCCCUUAAGGAGAACAUGACAGUAUAUAUUUAUCCUGGGUAUUUACCAUCUCGAGGUACGAUAGCGAAAAUUUUGGAAAUUCCUAAGGAAAAAGUACAAAUGGUUUGCCCAGGACAAACAGAGGGAAUCUCAAGAGCUAAUGUAAAAGCCCACUUGAAAGUUUUGGCAGAAAAAGAGGCUUGGGUUACGUUUUACAGAGUCUUUGCCUUAUGCAUAUAUGGAAUAAUCAUGUUUCCAUCAUCAAUUGGCAUAAUUGAUUUAGGAGCCAUUAGUGUAUUCCAAAUGGUGGAAUACCAUAACGUGAAUCCGAUACCAAUGCUUGGCCACCUUUAUGAAAAGACGCUUCCUUUCAGAAAGAAGAAUGACUCAGACAGUUAUCCACUCAUGUCUUUUAAGGGUCAAUUCGUGAUUGACGGAAUGAGCUACAUGGAUUGGAAAAGAACCUUCUCAGAACUUAAAGAAAGUUCCAUCUUAUGGAAACUAGACUGGUGGUGGAAAGAGGAGGUUAUUUACCAUUGUGGUGACUUUUCGAAUGUGCCUUUAAUGAGACCCAGAGGGUGUAUCAACUAUAACCCUUCCUUAGUGUUAAGGCAAUUGGCCUAUAAGCAAAAUGUUCCUUCUAAGAAAGAGGUACAGGAGUUAUACUUUCUACAUCAGGAGGAUGGGACAAAGUUAUCAAACCAGAUUGUCAAAGAAGCAUGGCAAAAGAUAGGGUACAAAGGAAAGAUUGAGCGAGGGAUACGUAUAGUAAACUCAAGUCCAGAAUAUACUACUUGGCUGAAGAGUAUGAUUCAAGGAGAAAAUCAUUUAUUCCAUCCUCAAAAUCCCUUAUUAGACAAUGGCUUGAAAGAGAUUAAUGAGCAAUUGGUUGAAUGCUUGAAGAUGAAGGAAAAUGAGUUACAAGAGCUUGCUAGCUUAGAGUCCAAGAAUAAGGAAGAAUUGGAAAAAUACCAAAAUGAAUGCAUUGAGUUAUAG